CUCGUUCUCAUUCCUCGCUCAAUCCCUUCAAACCCUUGCCUUCAUUUGGGUUCCAACAUUUAUAGAGUUUUCUUUUUACUUCCUUCUUUGGUUGAUUAAAGCCGGAAAUUGAAGGUCGGGUGGAGUUUCGGUAGAUUCCGGCAGGCGCGUAGCUGUCACGUACCUUUUUAAUUUCAUGAUUUCAACACCAUUUGAUAACGAUAAAUUCCACCAGAAGGACGCCGGUAUUAAGAUUUGCCGGUGUAAUUCAUGGCAUCCGCCGUCUUAGCUAGCCGGAAUGAAUCUAGCUGGGCUCAGUCUGGUGGUGCCGGUGGUGGAUUCAUGGGGAAAACCCCUUAUUCUCAUACGCAACUGAACCCUAAUCACAACCCUAACCCUAAGAAGAAGCAGAAGCAAUUCCAUCACACCUCUAAUGGUCGGCAUAUGGAUGAUUCGCCGGCAGUGACGCAAACGGCGUCUGAUGAUGCCUACUCGUUCAAUCAACGGCCGAUUGAAUCAACGACCAACGUUGACGGCCUUAAUUUCGGAGGAUAUUUGACUUUUAACGUCGUCUCUUACAACAAAGUCGAGGUCAAUGAGCUACGGAGUCGGCUGAUGGCGGAGGUCGAACAGAUCCGAAACCUCAAGGAUCGAAUCGAAUCCGGUCAAUUGAGCACCACCAACCCCAGAUCUCAAGGCAAAUCGAAGAAACUAUCUGGAAAUAAGCGGCCUACCCCUUCCGGAUCCAGUAAGGAUCUGAAGAAGCUCCCAAACGGAGUUGAAAAUAGGAAUUUUGGUAAUCCUGGUGGUGGUGUGGGUGGUGUGAAGGCCAUCGGAACGGAAAGUAUGAUGAAGGAAUGUAGGCAGAUUUUGGCAAAGCUGAUGAAGCACAAAAAUGGGUGGAUUUUCAAUAUCCCUGUUGAUGCUGAAGCCUUGGGUCUUCAUGAUUACCACCAAAUUAUUAAGCGACCCAUGGAUUUGGGGACGGUUAAAUCAAAUUUGGCUAAGAAUUUUUACCCUUCCCCUUUUGAAUUUGCUGCUGAUGUUAGGCUUACUUUCAAUAAUGCCUUGCUGUAUAACCCUAAAACAGAUCAAGUUAAUGGCUUUGCUGAGCAGCUUCUCGGACGAUUUGAGGACAUGUUUAGACCGCUCCAGGAUAAAAUGAAUAAGCUUGAAGGCGGCAGGAGGGAUUAUCACCCUGUAGAUGAGUUGCAGGGGAGUUCUUGGAAUCACAUACCUACUCCCGAGAGAGUGAAGAAACCCACACCCACCCCAGUCCCUCACAUUUCAAAGAAGCAAGAGCGGAUGCAAAAUCAUUCUAGUGCGUCAACACCCUCUUUGCCAGUGCCACCACCCAAUCCACCAGUCCGACAGCAGUCACCAUUGUCAACUCCGUCCCCAGUGAGGGCACCAGCUGCGAAGCCUCAAUCAGCUGCUAAAGUUCCUACUAUGGGAAAGCAACCUAAACCGAGGGCCAAGGAUCCAAAUAAAAGAGAGAUGAAUAUGGAGGAAAAGCAUAAAUUAGGAGUUGGGUUGCAAAGUUUGCCACAAGAGAAGAUGCCGCAGUUGGUGCAGAUUAUAAGGAAGAGGAAUGAACAUUUAGCCCAAGACGGUGAUGAGAUUGAGCUGGACAUUGAGGCCCUUGACACCGAGACUCUAUGGGAGCUUGAUCGGUUUGUGACCAAUUGGAAGAAGAUGGUUAGCAAAACUAAGAGGCAAGCCUUGAUGAUGAACAAUUUGGGACCACCAUCCGCCAGUGCUGCAGCUUCUGCUGCAACUACAUCCGUUGCCGAAGCAGAUGGGCCUACUACUAGUGAGAAAAACGAUUCCUUCAAAAAGGCCAAGAAGGGUGAUGUUGGUGAAGAGGAUGUAGAGAUAGAGGAUGAUGAACCAGCUACCCAUUUUCCUCCAGUAGAAAUUGAGAAGGAUGAAGGUGGUGGGCGGGAUCAAGAGAAUGGUGGUGGUGGUGGUAGUAGUAGCUCUAGUAGUUCUAGUAGCUCAAGCAGUGGCUCCUCCUCUUCUAGUGAUUCUGAUUCAGGAAGUUCAUCCGGAAGUGACUCUGAUGCUGAUGAUGCACACUCUUGAGAUUUGUUGAUUCUAGCAGUGCAUAUGUUGUUGCUGAAUUUUCUUUUAUCGAGGUAUAAAGUUGGGGACUCGAAUUCUGAGAAGUUGGGGAAAACCAGCUGUUGUAAACACAUGGGCAACCUAGGAAGAAAAAUUGAUCUGCUUAUAUGACUAGGCAAAAUCAAAAAGCUCAGGGAACUUUGUAGUGUUGAUGGCAGAGAAGUUAUGGCGUUAGGGAUCACAAGUUUAGGAAUUUUAGAGAUGGUCCCUCCGUUAAUGAGGGUGAGAUAUGUAGAUAGAUAGUUGAGGAGAAGACACCUUUUGUACAGUUGGUUUACACUAAAUAUUUGAUUUUUCUUGAAGAUAACACACGACACAUUUCUACUU